UUGGCUGAUCUAAUUCCUGUUUCCGUCUCGUCCGUUCACACACACGUGAAGGUCAGCGAGACAGCCACAAGGCUUUCGCAAUUGGAAAAAUAUUGCCCUCGCGACGUCGUUUCAGCUAAACAUGGACGGCCAGGGAGCGACAGCCGACCCCCAGCUUCAGCAGUUCAUUGAGAUCGAGUCUCAGAAACAAAGAUUUCAGCAGCUGGUGCAUCAGAUGACGGAGGUUUGCUGGGAGAAAUGUAUGGAUAAACCCGGGCCAAAGCUGGACUCCAGGACAGAAAUGUGCUUCGUUAACUGUGUGGAGCGAUUUAUUGACACCAGCCAGUUCAUCCUGAACAGACUAGAACAGACUCAGAAGAGCCGGGGCUCAUUCUCUGAGACCAUGUCAGACUAAAAACGGUCCCUAAAAGGACCGACGAGACACACGGCCCCUGGUCUCUGACAAGGCCGUUUGGUCCUGACACAACUGUCUGAAUGUUGCAGAACUGUCAGAUCAACAGGAAGAAGGAACAAGAUACAGUUUUACUUUUGAUACAAGUGCCUGAGAUUAACAGCAUGUAUACACUCAUGCAGAAGUCUAGGCUUUAUUUGUCCUCCACUUUGUGGGAUAUGAGUGUUGCAAAACGCUUAUGUUGUGGCCGGUUGCUAGCAGUGACCUUAUGUUGGUUUUGUCAAGUCACUGAAAUCAAGCCAUUUCACUGGUCAGUGUAAAACUCUGAGCUUGAAUGUGUUUUAUAUCCACUGCUGUAACUUCUGGAUUAAUUGUGGGAGACUGCAGGAAGAUGGAUGCAUUCCACUGGCCAAAUGUUUGACAGCCACGAGGACGUCACCACACACACACACACACACACACACACUCACACACACACACAGCUGUAAUUUAUGAGAACUAACGAUAUCUUGACCGAAGAGGCGUGAUCAGCAGCUAAAGGUUCUGGACUGUACAUAUGCAAUAAACAAAAUGCCAAAUA